CCUAAUUUUAAACAGCCCGGAGGGAAUGCAGCUAGCCAACAGAUCCCACCGCCCUUAGAACGUCAAGAUAUGAGACUAUAACAUAUUACACGCUAUUGGUAACGAUCUUCAUGGCUAGCUAAGAACUGCAAUUGUGGGAACAUCAGCUCUUAUCCUUGCAGCAAGUUGAAGAUAAAACCAGCACCCAGUGGAGCUUUAAAUGUCUUUAGGUCCAAGCAAUGACCGAAGGAAACUAACCCUCUGGAGACAGGAGUCCAAGAAACAAAUCAGGAGGCCAUUACACAUCAUACGUAAAGUUCAUAUGCUGUGACUGUACGUUGCGCGCCAAGCAACUCUCGUACUUGAUGAUACCAAUAUUACUGCCAGUGAACGUAGCAAAGCAACAGUCAGACCAUCGGAAGCUCAUUCAGUAUCCUGACAUCGUGGGAAGUGGUUGUCGUAUUCUGACCUGUAAACCGCAGACUUCUCCUUACAAUGAAUACUGGCGACGACUUGAAGUGAUUGUACUAAGGAAAAAAAACAUAACGUAGGGGUGAAGAACUUUGAAAAGGAAUCUAAUUAUACUCACCUACCUAUACUGCAUUAAAGCAUGCGAAUAGCUGGGGUUAAAAUAAGACAGCUACUCAAAGGCAAUAAUCUAAUUAAUGGUGCCAUCAUGUAUUUGCUUGAAGUCUAAGAAGUUUUUCUCAGACAAAGUCGUGAAGAGAGCAAAGACUGAAACAGAACAUAUAUACAAAUACGUAUAAGAUUUUAUGUUAAAGGAUGGUUUAGAGCUGUUUAGAAAUAGAAACAGAACAUAUAUUGUUAUAUUUGUGACUUUUAUGCUUGGAACUUUAUCAUAAUCUUCGCGGCUUAGAGCUCAUAAUUAUAUAUAACUAAAUGUAUAUUAUAUCUUUCUUUGUACAUAAUGUGAUUCUUAAUUUAUAGGCUAAUGAAUACCGUUAGCCGUACUUCUGAGGAUUUUAAGCACAAAACGAAGUGUAUCAAACGUAAUAUUGUUCUUUAAGAAAGAAAAAAUAACUUAAGAUGCAGAAAGUUCACAUUGUCCUAAAAGAUCUUUCCAUUAAAACUUACACUGGGGACUAGACUUCCAUAUUAUCAUAGAGUCUGAUCAUUGAGUAAACGAUCCUUAGCAAUGCUCUAGUGGCCUCUAGAAAGUUUAGAAGAUAAACUUAGUAUCUUACAGCAACAUGGUGGCCUCGAUAAGACUUUUCUCAUCGUAGGAGAAUAUACAUGAACGGCAAUUAUUAUAAAGAAAAGCUUAGGUUUGAAGAAUACCAAAUUUAAUAAGACAAGAUAGUAAAAGUCAUAGAGAAAGUAUUAAAUAAGGCUGAGCGUCGAGAAAUUCUGUUGUCAACCGUAUUGUGGUGUGGGUAGAAUCACUGUAAAAUCCCCGUUACAACAUAAAGUAAGACAUUGCUACGUCGAAAAAUGGCUUAUUCGGAUUUAUUUGAAGUCAAUAUGACGAUUGAUGACGAUAACAUCACCUUUACUAAUAACACAAAUACCACAUAUGACAUGAUGGAGUUUGGACCUCCAGAAGUGACUUUUGAGAUUGUUAAAAUUUUGUAUGGUAUCGUUUGCUUGAUUGGUCUUUGCGGAAACACUCUCGUAAUCUAUGUGGUUUUAAGAUUUUCUAAAAUGCAGACAGUGACAAAUAUGUACAUUUUGAAUUUAGCACUUGCAGACGAAAUGUUUUUGAUUGGUCUCCCUUUUCUCAUCACCACAAUGACCGUUAGAUAUUGGCCUUUUGGGCAUAUUAUGUGUAAAAUGUACAUGACCACGACUUCCAUCAACCAGUUCACCAGCAGCCUACUACUGACCGUGAUGAGUGCUGACCGCUAUGUGGCCGUUUGUCACCCUAUAUCUUCACCUCGCUACAGAACCAGUUUCAUUGCCAAGUUCAUCUGUCUCACAGCAUGGACUGUAUCGGCUCUACUCAUGGUUCCUAUCUACAUGUAUGCUAGUGUGCUUCAUAAUGGUGACACUGGAACAUGCAAUAUCUUCUGGCCCGAGAGCAACUUUAUGAACGGACAAAUGGCCUUCACCCUCUAUUCUUUUACUCUAGGAUUUGCCAUUCCACUAGUUCUGAUAUUGUGGUUCUACUUCCUGGUUAUUUGUAAAUUGAGAAGGGUAGGACCUAAAAAGAAAUCUAAAGAGAAGAAGCGAACCCACCGCAAGGUAACCUAUCUUGUUUUAACAGUGAUUACCGUUUAUGUUAUCUGUUGGCUACCAUAUUGGAUUAACCAGGUUUAUAUCUCCCUUCUUCCACCAAUGCAAAACCAGACAAACAUAGGGGUUGUAAUCAAUCUACUAGUAGGCUGUUUAUCGUAUGCUAACUCUGCUAUGAAUCCGGUUUUAUACGCCUUCCUUAGUGACAAUUUUAAGAAGAGUUUCACUAAGGCUUUUACCUGUGCUGCUGGUAGAGAUGUAAAUGCUCAGCUCCAUGUAGAAAACAGUGUGUUUCCUAAGAAUACCCGUGGAGGAUCCAGCAAAAGCAAACAUCAGGCUCGAAACAAAUCUGACGAAGGUAAGACCAAUCAAGAAACAGAACCAUCAACAGCCACCACCUUAACUUCACGGUCCAACAAUAUCAUGAUGAAAGAAAAAGGAAAUACAGUUACAAAUGGAUUCGAAAAACAAUCUAAAGAAAAUGAUCUUGUAACACAAGUGUGAAAAUAUAAGGACAAGUGAGCAUCUAAUGCUAAUGGAUAGCUGAUUUACUGAGAAACAAUAUUUAUAGUUUUACAUGCUUUAAGCUGCUAAUCACCAUUUUCUGUUUACUCUUAAAAUAUAUUUCAGGUUCUCAUUAGAAACAAUUAUUAUUGCUUAAUACAUUCAUAAUUCAAUAUUCAAAGCUUAAACUCUUACCAUAGAAUACGAGAUGGUGGCAGUUUCAUCAAGAUGAAAUUGCUAGAAAACGAAAACACUUAUUUCUCAGGCUAUAGCGAGAAGAAUUUAUAAACACUUUCUGUGAAUAAUUAAGCAGAAAGCUUAGCAUCUGCUUAUUAUAUAUAUACAUGUAUGUAUAUUAAAUUGAUGACAGAGGAGAAAAUGACACAAAAUUAUUGUAUGAAUAAAGAAAGUGAUUCGAAACAGUAUUGUGGGCUCAAUAAGUCGUAAAUCUAUUGUAACUGGAGAUACAUUAAACCUGAUUCUCUAGUUAUUUUUUACUUUAACGUGUUAAAUAUCAAUAUCAUAUAUUCUUUCAAACAUUGUAAUUUUAUGUAUAGUUAUGGCAUAAGUGGACGUGUUUUAUGUAACAAGAGUGUUAGGUUGUUAAAACUCGUUGAACGUUUUCUUAUACUUCUAUAAAUGAGAAGUGUUCAAGAUAGGUUGUUAAAACUCUUUGAACGUUUUCUUAUACUUCUAUAAAUGAGAAGUGUUCAAGAAACCGUGGACUGUAUUCUACUUAAUAAGGGAAACUAGUGAGUUCUGUACACCGGAAUGAGUGUUUCUGAUUAACAAGAAGUUUGCUUAGGGUUUAUGGAUUUUUUUGAAAGUUAUGGACUCUCUAACUCCAUUUAGAAACUGCAUUUCUGUUAUUAGUAUAUAUUGCAUUAUAGUAUCUUAAAGUAAAAUAUUAAAAAAUAACAUGAAUUUAUAGAGAAACUAUUAUGACCGAGAUUUGAUUACCUUUGUCAGUUGAAUUUUUCUGAGAACCUGAUGUAGGUGAAUAUUUAAACUACUAGAAGUUAUGCUUACUUCAACAGUAUUAUUAGUAGGCAAGGAAUAUAUCUUAUAAAUGUGACUAUCUUAUGGUAAAAUAUUGUGUUACAGAAACAUGUUUUCUUCAUUGUUGUUGUUGUUCUUAGUGACGAUUUUUUUCUUUUCUUCUGCUUCACUGUUUAUUAAGAAUGCCGAUUAAUUUGGAUCAUAUAUGUUACACUACAGCACUAUGUGUAUGAUUAUUUGUACCUAAGUAUUUAUAUGAAAUAAUAGAUGCUUGCUGAAAAUGCACAUCUCUGAUUUUAGGAACGGUAAAAAUGGUUUAUCGGAACAUCAACUGCAGUCUUGAUGUUCGCUUCUUAUUGAAGCAACCGCUUGAGGCUUUUAAACGUAGACGUUGGUAAGAACUAAUAAACUAUUUUAUGUAUGUACAAGCACUUUAUAUGGGAGGCUAUCUAUAGGCUCUGUUAAGUUUCUAGUCACACUUUUCAUGCUACAAGACUUGGGGCUCUUGAUCACUCAGCUUAUGCUGUGCUCAAAAAGUAAUGCUAUUCUAGACUUUGUGUACUUUGAACACAAUGGAUUAAGACAGUUUAUUCUACCUUCGUGAUGUAUCAUAUUAAUUUUCUAAUGUUGAAUUCAACAAUUUUUGAGUGUCUAUUUAUGCUUAGUGUUUUCGUAAAUCAAGAGUUUGGUAUCAGUAUUUAUUGCUCUUUGAGAAACAGAAUGUUACGAAAACUAAUUUUCCUGUGGUUUUAAUAUGUAUCUGUAGCGCUGUAUAUUUGCAUCAACGUUAUCCAAAAUGUCUUCACAUAAAUUGCUUCGAUGGCUUGUUUCUAAAAUAGAAAUGAAAAUUAAGUAUGUUGUGCUUAAACUAGUCUUGUAUCUGUGUUAUAUUAGUGAGUAGUUAACUAAUAAUGGGUUUCAUCUAAUCUUACUUGAUGGUAGUAAAUAUAAUAAUGAUCGUUUAAAAUGUUUUGAUUCAGUAAAAUAUGAUAUGUUCCUAAGUAUACAUUAAGUUAUUCUGUAAAUGGUUUUUGCG